CGCGCAUGUACUUUGUGAAUGUUGUCCGCCUGAUCUAGUAGCUAGGUUUCUGGUGUGAGUGCUGCCAAUUGGUUUCCGACACUGUGCAGAGAGGAUAUACACCGCCCCCCUCUGCACAGGUUACAUCCAUGUCGACACUGUAUCUGACUGUGCUCUGUACCUUCUGUGCAUGCGACGCGUGCCAGUCCCAAAAGCGCGACUCCUACUGCGACGACAUUCAGUAUCACAGCAGGACCGAAGUAACAACCCGCAAAAUGAGCGGCGAAGACAGCCAAGAGUCUCAAUUUAGACAAGAAGAUCACCAGGCAGCCUACAUCUUCCGACUCAAGGGCGAGGAAGCUGUAGCAGAUCGACCUACCAAACGUCGGCGUGUAUCCAAGAAUGCGGUGAUUGAAGAGGCCAAUGUCGCCGAUGCUUCGACUUUUGCACCGUUGCUGAAUGGGAGCGAGCUGGCUGAGUGCGUGAAGUUGCGCGAGAAGCUGUUCCGGACCAGUUGGGGCCGUCUCGAAUCUGAAAUCCAGAAAAUCCUGCGCGAUUCCAACUCGGCUACGUUGGACCAGGUAACGGCCUUUUUCCGGGAUCAACCUUGCCCUCAAAACAAGAUUUCCUCAGCCUUCAUCAUCACUGGACCCAAUAUUUCAUCCCAGGAUCUACUGUUUGAACAGCUAUCAGAAACCCUUGAGGAGAACACGCGAAGCAAAUUUGUACGCCUGAAGUCGUCCGAGGCCACCAACCUAAAGGCUGCUCUCAAAAAGAUCAUUGAGGAUGCCACCUCGCGGGGCUCUCUGGAUGACGAGGAUGUCGAGAUCUCACUCGGUCAAGAUGGGCGAAGGUAUUUGAACUACGACCUCGAAGGGCUUUAUGACUAUUCAAAGGCACAGCAGUGCGAUCACAUUUUUGUUGCGUUUCAAGACAGCGAAGGAUUUGAUAGCGCCCUCCUGUCUGACUUGAUUACACUCUUCGAUUCCUGGCGACCCAAGAUCCCGUUCACACUCCUGUUCGGCAUUGCGACGUCAGUAGAGCUACUUCAAGCUCGUCUACUCAAAUCUGCAUGCCAGCAUCUCUACGGCGCUCAGUUUGACGUUGUGCAAACCGAGGUCAUCUUGGAGCAAAUUUUCAAGGCGGCUAUUGCAGGAACCGAUGCCGCUCUCACCCUCGGCCAGACCUUGUUGCAAAGCCUGGUUGUCCGACAACAGGACCAGGUUGCGAGCAUCCAAUCAUUUGUGGCUUCAAUCAAGUAUGCAUAUAUGUGCCACUUUUAUGCUAACCCGUUGAGCCUGUUUUCGACGGAGGACGACGAGAUGAACAGCGAACUUGUGCAAAACGAACACCUCGAGGCUCUCCGAUCGCUCCCUUCGUUUCGGCACGAGGUCGAAAGCGCCGUCGAGGGCAAAGAUUUGAGAUUAGCGAGGUCUUUGUUGGAGGAUGACAACCUACUACGCGAAAAGAUUUUUGAUAUUCCAGAGAAGAAACGCGAAUGGGUGACUCGUCUCCUCCGCUCGCUUAAGCUUGUCCAGGCAAUGGGUGUUAGCCAAGAAGACUUUCUCUCGAUAUACAUGAAAGCGGUGGCCGAGGGCAUCAACCUUGCGACCGACGACUGGGACAUGAUUGAAAGCAUCAAGCGGAUGCAAGCGGAUGAGUUUGUCUCGAUGCUCCAACAUAUUCGUGAGACCAUAACUUGUGGAGAUGACCACUUAUGUCUCGCCGGAUGGGAGUCCGAGGCCGGGGACACGCCAUCUCUUGUACAGACCCUCCUCGACAGGUCAAAGGAGUUAGUAAGCAGGGCGCAAGAGGGUGGCACCACCUUGAGGAGCGCGUACAGUGGCCACAGCAGAGUUCUCCGUACCACUGUUGUUGCGCAAAAGGUGCAACUCAGCCACGAUUCGGCUGCGCUUUCCGAAGACGACAAAGCUUUUACCGAGAUCGUGGACCGUAUUGCGGAGCUUUUGCAAGACAUCAUACGCUGCGAGCCGGCUGCAAGUGUUUUCCUGCACGAGACAUGGCUAUACGAUUCCAAGACACCCUACCGCGACGUUUUCGUACCCCGUCCCCAGGAUGUCUUUGAGCGGAGCCUGAAGCGACCGCAGGACUACCUCGCGUGCGCGUGCUGCAGCACAGAAGAGGGCAUCUCGACCACAUUGCCCGUUACUUCGCUGCUGUAUCAUUUGUACUUGGAGACGGGCAACCUCAUCAACGUCGCGGACCUGUGGUCUGCAUUCUACGCCAUGGUGGGCGGCGGUGACGACGCAGAGAGCGAAGGGAACGCCGAUGAGCGGGCGGCUCUGGUCCUCUUCUAUCGGGGACUUGCCGAGCUAAAGGCUCUCGGCUUUGUGAAGGCGAGCAGAAAGAAGACGGACCACAUUGCCAAGAUCAAGUGGCUUUGAGAAGCUGAAAGAGCCGACGACAGCGCCUUGCAGCUGCGAAACGGGGCCAUGACGUGAGAACGCACGUCAAUCCUGCAAUUCCACAGGGGAAAGGUAUUGAGCGGAGCAAAAAUUCGAGGUCCAAUUUACAUAUAUAUAGAAAAAAAAAAAAUAGAAAAAAAAGCUUUUGUCAAGAAUAAGGAGGCGAAUUCUGCUCUUGAAUCAAUCAGUGAAUAUUGUGACUUUUCUAUGAUUGAGAUGUGCUAGGCGACGGGUCUGGGUACGGUGGGGGAGUACGCAGAUGUCUCUCUCGAGGAAUUUGUCAUUGACUCGGACGUGUUUAUGUCGAAAACGACAUUCUUCACGGCUGAU